CCCGGCUCCUCCAAUACCACGCCAUGGCAGCGCGCAAGCUGCAAACCGAAAUUGACCGGACCCUGAAAAAGGUCGCGGAAGGCGUCGAGCUCUUCGAGAGCAUAUACGACAAGAUGCAGGCGUCGACCAGUCAACAGCAGAAAGAGAAAUUGGAGAUUGACCUCAAGACCCAGAUCAAGAAGCUUCAGCGAUUGCGGGACCAAAUCAAGACAUGGGUAGCGAACAAUGACAUCAAGGACAAGUCCGCGCUGCUGGAUAACCGCAAGCUAAUUGAAACGCAAAUGGAGAAGUUCAAAGCAUGCGAGAAGGAGAUGAAGACGAAGGCGUUCUCGAAAGAGGGCCUUACGCAGUCUGCCAAGCUCGAUCCGAAACAGCAAGAGAAGGUCGACACGAUGUCAUGGGUGCAGUCGAUGAUUGAUGAGCUCAUGGUACAAGCGGAGACGGCGGAGGCAGAGAUUGAGACGCUGCAGGGCGGAGGGAAGAAGAAGAAGGCGGGGAGCGCGGCAGCAGAACGGUUAGAGGGGCUGGAGAGGUUGAACGAACGGCGGAAGUGGCAUAUCAACCGUCUUGAACUCAUCCUCCGGCUGCUGGACAAUGGCUCUCUGCCCACAGAGAAGGUCGUUUCCGUACAAGACGACGUCAAGUACUUCGUCGAAAGCAAUUCGGAUGAGGAUUUCGAGGAGUACGAGGGUGUCUAUGACGACCUCAACCUCGAAGAGGAGGAGGAGAAGUUCCGGAUGCCAAACGAUGAGAGUGACAGCGAGGAGUCUGAAGAAGCAAGUGAAGACUUGCCUCUGCGGACGCCUUCCAAGAAGCACCAUGACGAGGAGAGCGUUGCCAGUAGUAAUAAGCGCGAUAGUCCCGUCUUAAAGAAGGCUGCGACGACAUUGCAACAGCGGAAACAAUCAAUAGCAGCAGAACCACCCAAGCCACCACCACACGCGAAUUUCGCUCAACAAUCUGUAGCAAGUAUGGUCAAGGGUCCGGCACCACCACCACGGAAUCCCCCAUCCGGUUAUGCGAAGGUUGCUGCUGCUGCAGUCGCUCCAUCAACAUCGGCACAAACAUCAACCUCUACGGUAUCAACAUCUACAUCGCAACCAGCAGUCGUACCACCAACACCGUCAAUGUCCACAGCGACAACGUCAUCGAGCUCAAUACCGCUAGAUCAGCAUUCUGCCGUCACAUCGUCACCCAGCUUAACGCAUCCUUCCGUCACAAGCCCGAUGCUCUCGUCUGCUGCGUCCGUAUCUCAUCAGCCCGAAGACUCUGUGUUCUCUGCUCAUGGCUCUCCUGCGCUCCUUGACGCGGUUCCCAGUUCGAUCGGCGGUCCUGCAGCAACGUCUUCCCCACAGCGACCAAUAGCACGGAAAGCUUCGCCGUCUUCACCGACUUCUCUACAACCACCGGGCGUACCGCAUCCCUCUCAAGAGCAGUCGUCUGCGCCCGCGCCCAACGGCCUCUCGCAAAUAUCGACAGCAACAGUACAAGCACCUGCAGCGCCGUCUCCCCUGCCCCCCUCAGGGCAAUCCUUCCCUGGCGCAUCAGCUCCUGCAGGCGCCUCACCCAUGCCUCACCCCGCCCAGCAACAGCCACAGCCGCCACAAUUCCCUCCUGGCGUGCCAGUCAACAACUCGGAGCACGCGAAGCUGCCCCAGGCCCCGCCCGGAACUCGCCCGGACUCGGCGGCUGCCUCGGGUCUCCCUUCACAGAUGCAGCAGCGCGCGAACGCGUUCCCUGGCUCAUUGUCUGAUCUGGUGAUGUCAUUCGAGAACGUGAAGCAGAAAGCGCCACACCGGAUGUCGAACCUCGAUCAGGUGCACAAGCUACUGCAGGGUAGCUACUCGAGUAUGCCGCAACCCCAGGACACGGAAAAGCCGAAGUACUACGUACCUCGAAACCCUGUCCAGACACCCCCAUACUAUCCUCAGGUGCCACACCCGCUGCUCAGCACUCCGGGAAUCUUCUCGCAACUGGAUGUCGAGACGCUCUUCUACGUGUUCUACUACCACCCUGGCACGUACCAACAGUACCUUGCUGCAAAAGAGCUCAAGCGUCAAUCGUGGCGAUUCCACGUGAAGUACUUGACGUGGUUCCAACGGCACUCCGAGCCGCAGGCGAUUACGGAAGAGUAUGAGCAGGGAGUUUACGUUUACUUCGACUGGGAAGGCUCGUGGUGUCAGCGCAAGAAGAGCGACUUCCGGUUCGAGUACCGCUACCUCUCUGAGGACUAAGCGGCGCUCGCUCGAUUGCUCAUCCUAGUGGCGGGGAUAGCAUCGCAAGGACACAGCUCUGCUAACAUGUCUCUUCUCUCCCAAGUUUCCAUUAGUCUUUCCUUACGAUGUUCUGGGCAGCAUACGACGAAUAUCCACCGCUCCCUGCCAUCUUGCCAUUCAAUCAUAUCUCGCUUCUUUCUGUCUAUUUCCUGCUGUCGUUCGUCUCUCAUCCACGCCAGUAUCCAGCCUUACUGUUUCUGUAGCUGCCCGAACUCCUGCUCCGCGUCUCGAGUUUGUAUAUGAUCAUGAAUCUGCUAUAAUCCUCCAUUGUACUGUCGUCAUGGACAAUGACC